GUUUAUGAAAGGGUUCACUUUCUACAAUGAGAAUGAACAUAAUUAUGAAGGCAAUUUUGUGUUUGGUAUUGUUUUUCUUUUUGUCGAUAUUGGGUAAGUAAAGUAUUUUAUCAACAAUAAAGUAAGAUACAUAAAAAGCGGUACAUUUAUAUAUAUAUAUAUAUAUAUAUAUAUAUAUAUAUAUAUAUAUAUAUAUAUAUAUAUAUAUUAUAUAUAUAUUAUAUAUAUAUAUAUAUACAUAAUAUAUAUUAUUUUUAUGUGUAAAAAAAUUUUUUUUUUUUUUUGUAUAUAUUGUGUAAAAAAAUUAUUUUAUAAAAAAAAAAGAAAGAUAUAAAAAAAGAGAUAUAUUUAUAUAUAUAUAUAUAUAUAUAUAUAUAUAUAUAUAUAUAUAUAUAUAUAUAUACAUAUUAUAUAUUUAUAAUAUAUAUGUAUAUAUACAUAAUAUAUAUUAUUUGUAAGUGUAAAAAAAGGAAGAUCGAUACAUAAAUGGAUGAAUAAAGAGCUUUAAUCAAAACUAACUCACAUUUAAAGUUUCUUAACAGUGGAAAAAAUAUUUGAACAUUAAUAAUUUAUUUCAUUUGUUCCAGGCAAUUUUAAAAUUUAAGCAAAUUCUAAAUUUAUUGUAUAGACGUGUUUUUAUAAUAUAUGCUACGAACAAUUUUUAAGGUUUAUGAUAUAUUCUUUUACUGAAUUAACAUCACCAUAUUUAUAUAAUAAUAUUUAUACAUUAUAAUGUUGGUAGAAACAUAAAUCUGCCUUUGGUGGAUUAUUUUAUUUCAUGUUUUAAUUUUAAAACAAUUCGUACAUUUCUUUACAUUUUAGUGAAGGGUAAAAUGUCUUGUACUCCUGCUGAAGAAAACAAGAAUCACACCAUAAGCUUUAUGCUCCCUUCUAAAGCAGAGAAGAAUGAUAUCAGAAUAGUAUCAAUGUUUCAACACAUUGGAACGUGUCACCCAAACACUCAAAUAUGUGCAAAUUCUUACUCUGAUAAAUUUAACAUUACAAUGACCUCCCAAAAAUAUGACCAAGCUGUUACAGUUUUGAUAUACAACCUCAGUAGGAAGCUAUUUUCAAAAGAGAAGCAGUGGUUUAGAGCAUAUUAUGAGAAUUCAAUUACGGACAAUAAAAGUAUUUGUAACGUAACUGUUUUCGGUACGUACAUUUGUGUUCAAUCAUAACUUUUUUAUUGCAACUUCUAAAAGACUUGACUUUGUUCUUCCUUGUGUUGUGAAAACUUUAAUUACGUCCCAGCAAUGCCUGGUUGUAAUCACACACAAGGACAUAUACAAUUAAGACCUGGGGAAACAUAUAUUAUUUAUAUUUUUGAUAGUUAAAGAAUUUUGAAAUCUGAUUUCUUCGUAUAUUAUUAUAUGCAAUAAAUCAAAUACAUUUAGAAUUGUACCUUUCAAAGAACCAUUAAAAUUUAGGAUAUCGAAAUGCAAAUUUAUAUGUUUGCAAUAUAUAUAUGUGCUUGACUACAUAAAUUUAUUAAAUUUUAUACAAAUUUCAGCCAAACCUGAAGACAUCACAUGCAUGAACAGUAUAUUUCAUGACUAUUUGUAUGUCACUUGUAUUGCACACAAAAUCUACCCCAACGGAAUCUGUCUUCAUCGGAUGAGUAUUAAUAAUGUGGGCUGAAAACUAAUUGUUUUAUAAUACUAAAUGAUACAAAAAUAUUUUAAUAUGUGUAAAAAGUAUGUUAAUUUAAAAUGAAUUAGUUUAAAACAAUUACAAAAUAUAACUAUCUUUUUUUCAGCCAGUUGAUAAGCCAAUUUUGACCGAAAUGUGCAGUGCUAGGAUGGAUGGAGAUCCAGAAUAUUUCACAUCCAUUUGUACGUUUGGAUUCCUUCUGUCAGCGCUAAGGUCUGGAACAUCUACUUUAAAUAUAACAAUUUAUCCUAAUGUCACCAAUGAUGAGUCAGACGUACAGUAUGGGAUGGAGUUUGUACACUCAUUUAUAUUGGGUAGGUUUGUUAAAAUGUGUUAAUGUAACUUUUCAUUUGUUUAAUUACAUGAAAUAAAUUAAGUCCUUUUUCAAAAAUAUAAUAAUGAUAAUAAAAAUAUAUUAUCUUUUGAGUUUUAAUUUCAUCUGCUAAGAAAAUUUAAUAAAAACACACGUUCUUUUAAAAAAGACGUUUCUUUGUAAUAAUAUACCAUAAUUUUUUUUCUAAUAUCAAUAUACAGUUAAAAUAUAUAUUUAUCAAAAAUGUGUGUGCUAUAGUCACAUAGUAUACAGCUAAAGUACCUUUUUUAAAAUCCUUGUUCGCGUUUUUAUACUCAAUUAAAUUUAUGUUUUGUUUGACUAAUGGGCAGAUAGUUCGACUCUAAAUAUAGGUGAAUUAAGUUUUUAUGAGCAAAAUGUAUCGACAUUAUGCGUCAAUAUGUUUCCGCAAUUGUAAUUGGAACGCUCAACAAAAGUAUAUACAUUCAAAAUAUCGCACAUAUCUCAAAGAGAUCUGAUGAAAAUAGUUUUAUUUCGGAGCUACACAGAUUAGCUAGGCUGCUAGCAUGGCGCUUGUCAUCCCGACACAACACAAACUUUUUUUAAUCUGUAAUGUGAGUAAAUAUAGUAGCAAUUAUAUGAAGAAUUUUUUUUUUUUUUAAUUUUUAGAAAUGCAGAUUUUAAAUAUUACACGUUUUUGUUCCACAUACAUUUGAAGCGUUCAGCUGUAAUAUUAUAUUUUUUUACCAUUUUAGUGACAUUUUGUUAAAAAUAGUAUGUUUUAAAAUAUUUAAAUUUAUACAAAAUUAUUUGGUAUUUCUUUGAUUGUUACCUUUUACCUGAAGAUUAUAAAAAUAAAUUAUAAAACUAAAACAUUCAAAACUAAGAAUAAACUUUUAUUUAUUUUUCAAUUUGCAAAUAUGUAUUCGUUUUUUGUAAUCUAGGUCCUCCAAAUCUAAUACACGCCACGAAAGAGAGCCACACACCAGCUUUUCAGACCAGCAAUUUAAAUGGCACCGUUUCAGUUGAAAUUAACAUGAUCUGCUUCCCCAAACCUAAAGCGUAUCGUUUGAUUAAAGAGGAUGGUUCUGAAAUUAAAUUUGAUCAGGUCAAAAAUGGUAAUGCUGCUUCGGAUGGC